CAAUUAUGAACAGCAUAAGUGUCCCAAAUCAGGGCAGGUAACGAUAUCAUUCGAGAUUAUGGUUGGCUCGGAGCGUGCUAUGCGGUGAAGUUCAUUUUUAAGAGUGUAGUAUGCGUAAAAUGGUGUUAGUAGCAGAUCAUUGCAACAGAAUGAGAUCUUGCCCUCAGUGUCAGUCUUUUGUCAGUCUGUGGCAGCAAACUGACCAGAAUCCGAAAACUAGGAAGAAGAAAAAGAAAAGAAAAAAACUGGACACCACACAUUACAAGCCAGAGAUGUUCUUAAAAAAAACUAAUGAUAACAAAACGACAACACUAAUGAAAGGAAAUAAUAACAAAAAAAGAAAACCAGCUUUGAAACUUCGUAUACCAAAACGAACCAAGCGCAUACGCGUUUCUGCUUCAACUUUUGUGUCGUCUGCUUUCUGCUACACGACGCGUAUUCGUUCCUAUAGUGCACGUGGAACGGGUUCUUUCUGCUUUCGCCUGGGGUAUACUGCAAAUGAUUUUGACAAAUGACCAUUGAGCUAACUUUAUUGCAGUGUUGUAAUCGUGUGCGUAGUGUUCGCAAAAUUUUACUUACGCUUUCGGUUACGUAAUACGCGUCGCAAUGCGGUGUCGUCUGCUGUCCAUGCUGCACAAUCCGCCUAAAUCCACACAGCGUUUCCCUUUUUAAAGAGACAACCCGAGCGUAUCCGUUCUCCAUGUGUCCACUUUUGGGUACUCUUCUGCGGCCUUGGUGAUGCUGUGGACAUGGCUGGUUAUAUGGUCACUUGUCGUGAUAUGUAUUCAAGGUACGCGCUGCAGUACCUCAGCCAUCUUCGUUUAAUUGAAAGUUGCACUGGUUUGGUCAACGUCCAACGUGAAAGUGACAUAAACAGUACACGGUGUAUGUUGUUCAAAUAUUUAUUGGGGAACAUAUCGAGACACAUUGGGUCUGCGGCCACGCUGAGGCGGGUAAUGAUUGCAGUGAGGGAGAGAUUGUGCAUCCUGGGCGGACUUCACAGGGAGCUAGUGCGUGAUAUGUGAGCACACAUUAGACGGUGUACACACCUCUUUCCACGUCCCCAUGACCACACUCAUGCUGCACUAAUUGUGGCUUUCAAUGGCUUGCUUCGUUGGCAUUGCUGGUGCAUGUGUCCGAACUAUAGAAAAAGGUGGAUCAUGAUUUCUUUCCACGUCUUAGUAAAGCAGGUCGGAGACCUAGCGCAUUGAACUACGAUACACCCGCAUUUGUUAGCAGACGACAGGUCACCAGCAUUUUGUCACGCUUGUAUAGUGCUUUUCUAAAGGGAGAUCCUGAUCCUGAUACGAAUAGUUCCACAGAUAUAUAUAUUUAGGAAUUGAUUGCCUUUGCGAGCUGCUGUAAAGCACUUAUCUUUCCCGUGCCCUUAAUGUUUCUCUGAAAUGCCCUUAAUUGAAAAAUUACUAGCGAAUCUGAAAGGCGCGCGAAAAUGUGGACCAACAUAUAACGCUUUCAAAACUAUAUCGAAAUCGCAUAUAUUCGCUGUUUUUUUGUACGGGUUACUGGGAAACUGUUCGACUGCAUAUAGCAGCUUGUGCAAUAUCGCCUUCAUCAAAUGUGCUAUAGGGCCAACCUCGGGGUUGUCGCGAAGUAAGCCAAUUAAACUACGAAUUUUAGCACCCAGAGUUGACGAAAUUAAAGGUUUUUACGGGAUAUUGUAAUAAUCGGGGAUCAAAAUGAGGUCUGCGGUUUGCAGAAUACGUAGUGAUAGUUAAUAAUUUGGACGUUGCUUACAUAUAUAUGUCGUUCCAGCUUUCAAACGAACAUGCAUUUUGACCUCGCAAAUGCGUGAAAUACAAUAAGGCAGCAGGUCAGUACAUAGUCUGCUUUUGACUGAAUUUUGUGCCAGAAAGAAAUUCGUGUUGGUGAAACAAUUUGACCUGGUAUCAAUACGAGGAAAUUGGUGCGAAAAUUAUUCGGCUGGUUUGAGUUCUGUGAGAGUUCAUCUCGUCGAAUGUGCCCGUCUGCUGGUGAAAGCAGUGUUGGCUGGGAAUUAUAUAUCAGUAUCCUCCAGCACUUACUAUCAUGUUUCACAUAGCAUUUCCCUCAUGUUUCCGCUACCUACAGCCGUUUCAAAGAUUUGAGAAAACAACCCUGGUCUGCCUCACUCUCUCCACUUUUUUGUCCCACUUUGCCAUCUUUCCUCUUGGCUUCGUGCCGUACAGUCGUUUCCUGUUUACACUCGUCACUCUGUUUCAGAGUUAGGCAUUUUGCCCAUCCGUCAUGACUUCUCCCAAGAAGGAUGAGAAGUCUCGCCUGGAUUCAGUGGAGCAAAACAUGUCAUCCAUGCAACAGGGAAUGUCUACAAUGCAGCAUGAAUUGACUGGCAUCUCAGCCCUGCUACAUAAUCUCCUGGGCAACCAGGAUGUAAUCAUCGAGGGUCAUGAAGAGGUGCCCAUAGUGGAUGAUGUGGCACACCAAGAAAGCAAUGCACAGGAUCAAGAUGGCCAGGACCUUGAACUCCUUGAGCAGGUCGGCGCUCCCCCUCUCCAGGAGCAUGCAGAGCCACCUGUUGAUGACGAAUCACCAGCUGACCCACGAGAGCAACCAGGGACUGCAUUUUUGCUCCCCCAGCCGGAGGAUUCCUCCACCUCUUACCCUGCAGAGGUGGCGGACUUCAUCUCUCGGUCGUGGACUCUGGAGGGCAGGUCGGAGAGGUCUAAGAGGCCAAAAGGCACGCCUACACUUAAAUUGCCCUGCCUCCAGACCCCAAUCCUGGACCGUGAGAUUCAAACAUUCGGGGCCGGUCGCUGCUUUCCUGUCAACAUUUCACGGGACAGGAAGCUGCAGCAUAUACAAGAGGCCUUCACAGAGGCCCUGGAACCCCUAGCCAUGCUCCUCACGGCCACUGUUGAUGGACCCCCCUCAAAGGCCACAGUGGCAGCGGCAGUGGCAAGGGCUACCGCGUUAGUGGCACACGCCAAUGCUCUGAUGACCCGCGAAAGGCGGGAGUGGGCCCUGACCACAUUCCCGGACUCGAUGAAGAGCCUUAUUCCAGGACUCCCGGAGCCAGCGGGGGAGGACACCGGCCGCUUGUUCGGCCGGCAGUUCCUAACCCUUUUACAGGAGAAUGCGCAGUUGCUACGCUCACUAGACACCGCAGUGGAGGCGGGUCUGCAGAGGCCAGCAGGUGACACUCUCCCGAUGACAUCCAAGCGCCUGAGGCUACCAUUCAGAAGCCAGCUGUCCCGACAGCCCUUUCCGUAUGCCCCCCCCUCGCAUACAAGCUUCAGAGGGCGGGGGUAUGCUCGUCGCGCCAACGGUAAGUUCCUCAACACUACCUUCCUCCCAAAUCAAAACUGCGGGCAGAAUAGCACAGUGUCUUCCGGAAUGGUUAAAGUUGUCUCAGGACCCUUGGAUCCUCCAAGUAGUUCAGGGUUACCGUUUAGACCUUCUUGGAGUCCCCCACCAGCCCUCUCGUCCCCCAGCUCCAGCUAUGUCCCUUGCUCAAUCACACCUGGUCGAAGAGGAGGUAUCCGCGCUCAUUGCAAAAGGGGCUAUAUCAGCAAUUCCAUGCAAGGAGGCCACAUUUGUAUCUCCCCUGUUUCUUGUCCCCAAGAAAGACGGAGGGGUUCGUCCGGUCCUCAACCUCCGCCACCUGAACCACUUCAUAAGGUACGAGCACUUCAAAAUGGAAGGCUGGCACACAGUGAGAUCCUUAAUCUUGCCGAACGACUUCAUGACACGGAUAGAUCUAAAGGAUGCCUACUUGUCGGUCCCAAUCCACGUCAAGCACAGGAACCUUCUUUGCUUCCACUGGCGAAUGUGCAUGUAUCAAUGGAACGUCCUCCCAUUUGGCCUCUCCUCAGCGCCAAGGGUAUUCACGAAACUCCUCAAACCAUUCGUGGCCUUCUUUCGAUCCCAAGGAGCAAGGCUAGUGAUUUAUCUCGACGAUAUUUUGCUCUUUCACCAAACCGCGUCAGACCUUCUAGCAUUAACCACGGAAGUGGUGGCAAUGUUGUCCUCCCUCGGAUUUCUGGUGAACAUGACAAAAUCGCAAACAGUACCGUGUCAGUCACUCCAAUUCCUCGGAUUCGUUCUAGACACAUGUUCCAUGCAGAUAUCCCUUCCUCUGGAAAAGAGGAAUUUGCUGUUGGAUGCCAUACAGGAACUCCUACAGAAGAAAGUGGCGUCCGCCAGACAACUGUCUCGAGUAAUAGGGAAGCUCAAUGCAACGGUCCUAGCAGUUUUUCCAGCUCCAUUGUACUACAGGGCCCUCCAACGCCUCAGGAACUCCACUCUUUUGCACGGAUCCUGGGACUCUCAGGUUCAUCUAUCCAAGGUUGCCCUGGAGGAGCUCACCUGGUGGGUGACAAAUAUCCACUGUUGUCUGGGUCGCUCCUUGCUAGAGGACCAGAUUGUUCGAGUAAUUCAGUCGGACAGCUCCCUAUCUCGGUGGGGAGCAGUUUGUGGGGAGGAAACAAUUGGAAAUCUGUGGGGCCCCCUGGAGGGCAGCAUGCAUAUCAACGAUCUCGAGCUGAAAGCAGCCUUUCUUGCCCUUCAAGCUUUUACCAAGGACCUCAAACAGGGCUGUGUCCUACUUCAGAUGGACAAUACGGCGGCGAUAGCAGCAAUCAACAAGCUCGGCAGUGCGCGAUCUAUAACACUUUCAACCACAGCUCGCGACCUCUGGUCUUGGUGCUUCCAACAGGGGAUUUCAGUCAGGGCAGAGCACAUUCCAGGCAGGCUGAAUACCCAUGCAGAUUGGGCAUCUCGUCACCUCCUCGACAGCAGCAGUUGGCAGCUGCUUCCUCUGGUCUUUGCACAAAUCAAACACCUCUGGGGCCCAUUUGGAGUGGACCUGUUUGCCGACCACACAAAUUACCAACUGCCAAUUUUUUACAGCUGGAAGCCAGACCCACUGUCGAGUGGAGUGGACGCCUUUACAAAGGACUGGAGCGGGAUGUCCAAGUACGCAUUCCCACCUUUUGCCCUGAUAGGGCGCUGCCUUCAGAAACUCCAAUCCUCUCGACUGAUCCUGUGCUUGAUCACCCCAGUUUGGCCAACACAGCCCUGGUACCCGUCCCUCCUCCAUUUAGCAGUCGACUUCCCACGACUCCUCCCCCACUCUCCCAACCUGCUACUGAACAGAGCAAACGCUGGACACCCCUUAAUUUUGAGAGAUGGUCUUCGGUUAGCAGCUUGGAGGGUAUCCAGCGACCCCUCCCACCAAGUCAAUUUUCUCAGUCAGCUGCCGCUCUCCUCUCAGCAGCCUGGCGACCAAACACCAAAGCGGUCUAUACGGCAUGUUGGAAAAGGUGGUCUAGCUGGUGUGGUAGGCAGCAGAUUAAUCCACUUUCUCCCUCUCUAACCGAAUUUGUCAACUUCUUAGCAUCUCUCCAUGAUGAAGGCCUCUCGUAUAGAACCAUUGGAUGCUACCGUUCAGCUAUCUCUCAGUCAGUCAACUCGGUUGAUGGUCAGGACUUAGGGACACACCGUGUAGUUUCAAAACUACUAAAGGGUAUCUUCAACACUUCACCUCCACAGACCAGGUAUGCUGAACUCUGGCCAGUAUCACAGGUCACGGUCUACUUGCGGUCUUUGGGUAACAACUCUGACCUGGCUCUAACCAUGUUGUCUUAUAAGCUGUGCAUGCUCUUGGCCUUGUCCACUGCAGGUAGAUCAGCAGACCUAGCCCUGCUGUCGACUCAAAUUCUGUCUAAAUCGCAAGGCGGUUGGACCUUGGCCCUAAUGGGGGUCAGGAAGACCUCACGACCAGGUCACCAUUGUGGCUCUAUGCUCGUCCCUUCUCUGCCUCCAGAGGAACUUCUGUGUCCAGUAUCUUGCCUUCAAAGAUACUUGAAUUUGACAAAACCACUCAGAGGCACAACACCCCAGCUCUUAAUUUCCACACGUAAACCUCACAGAGCAGCCUCUAGGGACACAAUUGCUCAAUGGUUGAAGCGAGUUCUUAAAGCAGCAGGUAUAGACACACGACACUUCUCUGCCCAUUCCACACGUGGUGCCUCGACUUCUACAGCCAUGCAGAAGGGUGUAUCGAUUGCUGAGAUUUUGAAUGCAGCAGACUGGUCAUCUGAAUCUACCUUUCGGCGCUUCUAUCACAGGUCGUGCACGACCACAAACUUUGCCUCUCAAGUGCUGAGCUAAGCGUUGAACAUGCUAUGUGAAACAUGAUAGUAAGUGCUGGAGGAUACUGAUAUAUAAUUACCAGUUUUAACGAAUGGUACUUACCUGAAGUUGAAGCUGGAAUUAUAUGAAGUAUCCGGAAGCACUUACUAUCAUGGGGAACACUCCCACCCUUCACCCGGCCCUUAGUGUCAUUAAUGUUUUGGCAUUCAUACUUUACAGCUACCUCUACCUUUCGAGGCAAUGCACGGCCACACCAAGCUCCCAGGAACUAACCAGAUCUGAACACAAUAAAUUUUUUUUAAGCUUCAA